CGUAAGGGUCCCGUCUUGUCUUGUGCUGGCCAGAUAUCCAACGCGUCUACAAGGUCAUUGAAUUUGCUCCUCCUAUAAUAUCGCAUCGACUUAGACCACACCCUUCUAUAAUGUUCGGCACCAUGCGAACAUAUAUUUGCUGAUCUAUAAUGCUACACGAAUUGUCCGCCUCUAGGAACCAGUGGGGAACACAAUAGCCUCAACAAUGAGCCGUGAACAAACAAAAGCGGCCCAAUAUAUCCAGCAGCUGGACGAAGCUCGCUGUGAGGGAAAUUGGGAUGCUGUUCCAGAGCUGGUGAGGAAGGUCAAGAAGCAUGCGCCGCAGCGGACAUGUCUUGUAUUGUCAGCCGAAGCCGAGCAUGCUAUCUCUCAAGCCUCUAAUAAUCGUCCCAGCACUGCCCGCCCUGGUACUGCUAGAACUGCCAAUACCACGGCCACUUCGCAAUCUACAAGUGUUUCUCGAUACAUACCCUUACUUCUAGAAGCAAUCGAGAAAGAAGGAGCCCAUGUUGAGGACGAGUUCCAGGCGCAAGUUUGCGUGGGCUGGAUACAUUGGCAUUUGGGAGAACCCUCACUAGCCGCAGCACGAUUACCAAAAAGUAUUGAGCAGGAAUUCUCGCAGCUGGAUGGAACAAACAAGGAAUCUGCCGAAUGGACCAAAGUAUGUGCCCUGAAAGCAUGCUACAUCAAAGGCCAAUCCCAAGGGAGGGCAGGAGCUUUGACAGAUGCAGUCGAAACUUUUGAAACAGGCUUGCCAAUACUGUCGAGCGCCUCCUCUAGUACUAAGCAAUCGCGCGAAUUGAAGACAUGGACCGAAUUGUACCUAACCGGAUUCUGCAUACUGUCAAGCUUGGCGAUUAAAUCCAAAGUCUCAUCCAUCCUGGAGACCGAGACUUUACCUGCAUUCCGAGCGUGGGCAAAAUUUUGGAAUACGCAGACUUCGGCGCCAACUGGUGGGAGGGCGUUCUAUGCUGAGGUCUCGCGGCGACAUGUAUGGAAAGAAUACUACAUUACGCUUUCGGACCUUCUCACGCAGAAUCUGCCAUUCCCAACCACGUCCCUCACGCCAGCCUAUGCAGAGACUUCCACGAGACUACAACAACGAGCUGAAUUGAAACGGGUGGAGACGAGAUAUGAGACACUUUUAUUGAGCGAGGUUCAGUUUCCCAAGGCGGAAGAGGCCAGUGAAGAGGUCGAAGCCUUUGUAGAGGUUGUCAUCCAGAAUUGGCGUAUCCUGUGUGGUAGCGGCUGGAAAGAGCAGGAUCUUGGGGAAGGAGGGGCAGAAGCUGUGAGCAGAGGCGUCUUGGAUAUCUUGUAUCGAGCAGCGACCAAGACUUUUCACUCCACAGCCAUCUUGCGACACUUGUUCACAGUUCAUUUGGCCGUCGCGGAAUUCGACCUAGCUUUUAAAGCAUUCGACACUUAUCUGGACAUAGUCAAGAAAGGGAAAGCUCGAGUGGAGAAGACUGGCGAAUCGGAGCAUGGUCUUGAUGACGACGAGACGGUUCUAGUUGCGGUCUCUGAUUGCAUUAAGGCGCUCUGCCGGUACGGUUCACUAGACGGCGCAGAGAAAGCUCAUGAACUGGGCCAUUAUUUUGAAGGUUGGCUGGAUAAGCAUCAUCCAGUCGACCAGCGGCAUGCGAAUGGACAUAUAUCGGAGAAGCACGACUCAACAGAUUUGGAUUGUGCCAUUGCCCCGAGGAUUUUCGCCUUGGUAUGGCGAUCAAUUGGCAUCGCUUACGCCCAGUGGGCGCGCUUGACAUAUGAGGCUUCGACUCGGUCAGAUAUCCAGCUCCAUGCCAUUAAAUGCUUCCGCAAGGCGCUCUUGCCACAGUUCGAAAGCACAACAGAUGUUGAAACGCUGUUUGCUUUGGGAACACUACUUGCUGAGCGGAGAGAACUCCCGGCUGCAAUUGAAGUGGUUAGGACAGGUCUGUUACCGCGGGCCUCAAAUACUACGACCAGUGGCCUUGGUCCGCUUUCAGGCCGUUUUACGAGAGAGCGAUCACUAAUACCCUUGUGGCAUCUCAUGGCUUUGCUUCUUAGUGCCCGUCAGGAACUCACGACUGCUGCAAGAUCGUGCGAAGGGGCAUUCGAACAAUUCCAGGACCCGAAAUAUCUCUUUGGUGAGGAGGAUCUCAAUGGUGCGUACAGAAGCGCACAUUUAAACGAAAAGGCAGUUGCGAGGAAACAGGGAGUUGUUGACGAAAUGGAUGAUUUCGAAAAGGAGAGCGUUCUUGAAGUCAAAAUGACACAGCUUGCCAUUAUUGAGGUGCUCGAAGGACCGGAGGUUGCAGUAAAUGCCAGCGAUGAGCUUCUUAGUCUUUACACUCGACUCUUUGGUGACCCUCUCAAGGAUUCGGCCCCCUUAGCAGCUCCAGGCACAGCAUUGACGAUAGCUCCCAAAAGCUCUUCCGGAACGAUCAAGAGUGUACGAGGCAGUAUAUUUGGACGGACAGGCCGUUCAUCUGUUCGCAAACCGCACCCAACCGCAGCUGGAGCUUCAAUUAGUGGAGACCCAGCAUCACCACCUAGACCGCAAACUACGCAGACCGUGGCUAGUACGGUAGCCCCGACAAUCCAAGUGACGAACGAGAAUGGCAGUGCAGCGAAGCAGCAUCAUUCGCACCAUCACCACGAGAAGCUACAGAAACGAACCGAGAGCGUUCUAAAGAAAAACGGAGCCAGCAGGAGCAGGAGUGUCAGUACUGGCAGAAAGCGAAACAGCAGUGGCGGCAAGACAACCGAACCGCACAAUACUACAACUGUAGAUGGAGACACAUUCUUUACUCCUCCAUCUGAUACCGAGAAUAGAAAGCAGUGGCUACAGGACGAUCAAGAAAACGAGAGGAGCAGGGUCGCAACAUCAAAUAAGAUCUCCCACCAAAUCUCCGUACCCAACCCGCUUCCUCCCAAGUCCCAGCAAAUAGCACUUAGAGAAUCCUCGCUCAAAGCUGCAUCCGUAAACAAUGGAUUAUCACAGGACCAUCGUCUUCUACCUAGAUCUCCCUACUCGCCUUCGACAACUCCAGUGACUCGAUUUUCAAAAGACCAAGAGAGAAGACGACGGACUGCGACCCUAGUGAAAGUUUGGCUUCUGAUUAGUGCCUUUUAUCGCCGUGCGACCAUGUAUGAAGAUGCGAAAGGAGCAAUCGAAGAAGCUGAGAAACUUGUUCGUAGCGCAGAAGUCGAUGUGUCCAAAGAUACCACAGGCACUGUCUCGAUUAACAAUGCUGGGUGGGGAGGAGGCAAAACUGUCCAGCAGUUAUGGGGCGAUGUCCAUGCCGAGCGUGGAUCUCUUUCCUUAGCAGAAUCUACCCCGCACACCGCACUUGCGCAUUUCGAAUCUGCCCUUACACACUUUCCCGACCACCCAACUGCAAUCGUUGGCCUUGCUAACAUUUUGUUGGAUGUAUACUCUGAAGAUCUCCUCCCACCACCUGUAAUUCCAAGUCUCGUUCUCCCAGGAGCCUUCAGUACACCUUCAGCAUCUACACUCAAUACUUCGUCGGUGACCCCUCUCACUACCCAGCCAGCUCCACAUAAGCAAUCGUCCAUCGCCCCCAUAGACUCACACGGCCCUCUGGGCCUCCCGACUGCGAAGCGCUCUGAUACCAUAACCAGUGGCCCACGAGAACCUACGGAUAGCCCCAGUUCCAUCUCGUCUGGGCUUCAGCCAAGCUACAAAGAAUCGUCUACCGCACUGCUAGACCGCCUCGCAGCCCGUGACAGAGCAUACGGCCUGCUUUCCACACUCACCAAACUCGGCACGGGGUGGAACAACAGUGAAGCAUGGUUCGCCCUCUCCCGAGCCUACGAAGAAGGGGGCCAGCCCGACAAGGCCCGAGAAGUCCUUUGGUGGUGCGUUGAGCUCGAGGAAAGCAGAGGUGUCAGGGAUUGGACAGUCGUUGGUGGUGGAGGCUACGUUUUGUAAUUUUCAUACUCUUGGUAUACCUGCAUCAGCAGCAACAUGGUGGGAUACACAUUGACUUGUAGAUACCUUUUGUCCUCUAGAGCACUUCCAGCUCGUUGGAGUUUACACCCUCUACCUUUUGCGGGUGGACAACAGCCAUUGCACCGAUUCUCGAAGGGCCGAUCGUACUUAAUGAUAUCUUGCCUAUUCACCGGCUGGGAAACCUCGUUCUUUGUCAUUUUUUUUAAUGAUGGACACUUUUUCGGGGUGGUUGCUUUAACAUAAGAAUUGCGUUUGGAUAACGUAGAUUGCGUCCAUGCCAUCAAGUGGAUGCGUUGCGAAACAAUCUGUCUAUUGGUCUCAACUGGUUUACAAUAUCACCAGCAACAAUGUGUCUGCUCAUGAGCCGAGAAGUCUGUAACAGCUCUCCAAGACUAGAUUCUGCAAGGAAGCAAUCGAGGAACUUUCUAAUUCCUAGAGACAUGACAAUCGCCGUCACACAGGAACGGUAUCAUGAUCCAUAGCUAAAGCUACAAUUCAAAGCAGAGGCUAGCACAUAAAUAGUCCUCAACAUUGGAGUUUCAACCCCAUGAUCUUGGGCUAGUCUCACGACAUUCCCAACGAUGGCUUCAACCUCCAUGUUUCUUCCAGCAAGUGCAUCUACGAGCAUGCUAGGCGCUACCCCAGGUAAUUCUCGGAUCGUUGCCCUCCCAAGUUGAAAGUCAACAAGGGCAGUAUCAAUUUUCUCAUAGCCACACGCAUUUGCAACAGCCUUAAUCUCCAGCAUGACAUCCCGAAUCAAGUUCUUCGCCUCGGGGCUUGACUGCAAGACCUGUGCGUCUCCGGAGCGUGAUAAAGCACAAAUUGGAUUCCAGGAAGUGUUGACCAGAAGCUUCGACCAGCGCUCAAAUUGGACGUCUUGAUGGACUUUUGCGCUUCCACCACUAGCUUUUAGGAGAUUUGCAAACUGGUUGGCAGGUUCUAUGCUUGACGAAGCCGGGUAAGGGCCGAUGUGGAGGAACUCGACUUCCUUGUGUAAAAUUACCCCCGGGCUGGGUUGACUAGCCGGAAGGUACACCACUGUACUCAGCAAUGGAUUGUCCGGAUACAUCUUGGCAUAGGGUUCUUCAAUAGCAAUUCCAUUCUGUAUCAAGACGAUAGUUGUCUUGGGUGAGAUAGCGGGUCUUAUCAGCUCGGCGGUAGAAGGAACAGUAGGCACUGCCUUGGAGCAAAUCAAGACAUAAUCGAAAUGGGAUGGAUCAGCUGCUGUAGCUUCUUCGACAGAUCGGACAACGACAGGGCGAACCUUUAGAUUCUGUCCCCACAGCGAGGAGUUUAUUGUGAAGCCAUCUUUGAAUGCAGAGUCAAAAUUGGAUCGACAGACUGUGACGAUGUUCGAUGCCGGCACAGCUCGGGAAAACACAAAAGAAUACGUCGCACCGAUGCUCCCUGUGCCAAAGAUCAAGAUUCUUGGAGUUGGAGCCAUUCUGUGCGUCGUUGUACAAAAACCACGUCCUCUCCCAUCGCUUACAUACCUACCAUUUCGUUUGUCAUUGAGCAAGGGUGGGGGAACGAAGUGUAUCACGUGGUUUCGUGCAGUGCCCCAGGACUAG